UUCUAGAUCCCAAACUGUCAUGGCGUCCCCCGGCCAGGAAUUGUUGUACUGCAGCGUUAAAAACCAGUUACAGUCGCCACAAGAUGCAAUCAUUACCACACUUCACUGGAGUCUCGUGUCGAACGGACACAAAUGCAUUGGCCUCGGCGAAAUGACAUCAGACCGUGACAGUCAGACAGAGUUACUUCCCACUGGAUGGAACGAGAACCAAGACCUGUACGUGUUAAGGUACCGACGGGAGGGUGAGCCGUCCACAGUCUACAUGCUCAAGGUCAUCAGGAUUGACAGUGACAUGCUCGUCAAUUUCAUGAAUGUCAGUAAUGAGUGUGUCGUAACUUUAAACAUUAGAACAAGAGAUUUUACCACAGGCGAUCUGACCUCAUUUGAAAGUGCAUUCCAAAACUUGGACGUGCUUUGUUCACAAUUCAAGAGGGAGAUACUUGAUGCUGUCCUGAAGGGGGGCAAAAAAGGUGGAUCAACCAGCAGUCUAACUGAUACCUCAAGGUCAUCACAGGAAAAAAGGUCACAGGGAAGGUCAAGGUCAUAUGAAGAGGAGUAUGACCCCCUACGGAUACCAUCCAGACACCCUCACAUGCAGCAGAGACCCCCAGACUGGUCCGACCCGGGUGACCCCUUUUCAAUUGGAAGGGCAGACCUUGACCCCUUGGGCAGAGGAGGUGGAAUGCGAUUUGACCCCUUCAGAGGAAACCGACCUGGAAUGAGACCAGAUCCAAAUGCCGGGUUACCACAUCCACUUCCUCCGGGAGCUAUACCUCCAGGGGCCAGGUUUGACCCUUUUGGGCCCCCAGGGGGACCUGGACAAAGGCCUGGACCAGAUCCGGACCAUGAACUCCCACCUGGUUAUGGCGAUAUGUUCAUGUAACAGACAUUGAUCGUCAUUUCCAAUAUAUCCAUGAAAGAUGUCUGGAGACUAUUAUGAUUAAGGAAACCAUGAAAAGAUGUCCGGAGGCUUUCAGAUACCAUCUAAAGAUAUCAGGCUGUCUUGAAUACCUUUGAAAGAUAUCUGGCCAUUGUGUUAUCCUUUUAAAAGAUACCUGACAACUUAUGGCCACUAUUAAAAGAAACCUGGCCAUUGUGUUACCUUUUAUUAAAAGAUUCCUUGCGACUUAUGGACACCAUUAAAAGAUAAAUGGCCAUUGUGUUAUCUUUUAUUAAAAGAUUUUGAGACUUAUGAAUACCAUUAAAAGAUACCUGGCCAUUGUGUUAUCUUUUAUUAAAAGAUUCCUUGCGACUUAUGGACACCAUUAAAAGAAACCUGGCCAUUGUGUUAUCUUUUAAAAGAUUCCUGGAGAGUUUUGGACACCAUUUAAAGAUAUCUGGCCAUUGUGUUAUCUUUUAAAAGAAUCCUGGAGAUUUUUGGACACCAUUAAAAGAUAUCUGGCCAUUGUGUAAUCUUUUAAAGAUUCCUGGAGAUUUUUGGACACCAUUGAAAGAUAUCUGGCAAUGGUAUCAUCAAUACCAUUAAAAGACAUCUGGAGAAUGUAAUGAAUGCUGUGGAAAGAUACCUGAAGACUAACAGUUAGAAGAUUUCUAGAUGCUGUUAUCUUUACCAUUAAAAAAUUAAGUGGAGACUGUGACAUUGAUACCAUUAAAAUAUAGAGACCACUUUUAUCUGAAUUCCACCAAGUUGUAUUGACUGCUCUCAUAUAUGGAGACUGCGUUCUUUCUUUGUUGUCAUUAUAGAUGAUGAAAUGUUCGAGUAAAUUACGAAUGGUAGCAUUUAUUCUGGGUCCCAAUCUGAUGAAACCCAUAUCUUGAUCUAGGCUCUGUUCCGUAAACUACACUCUGCUACAGAGUGUAGGACAUGAUAUGCUGUUGGAUCGGAUUGUCUGGCUUCAGUAAUAUGUGAAGCUAAGAUGUUAGAACAGAGUGGUAUAUAUUAUGAGUAAUAUAUUGUUUUACAGACUGGAUUUGCUAACAAUCUUGUCUAGGAGGGCUGCAUUUAGGGAGAUGAAACUCAACACCCUGAAAUAUUCGAAUCAUAUCCAGUUAUGUAUAAUUACUGUAUGCUGGAAAAUUUCCGCCGCUGUUUAACUUUCACAAUUUUCACCUCAGUAACGUAGGCAAAUUUAUCCCGACAGAAAACACUAACAUACAUCAUCCUGCGUGUACUUGUUAAAUUUAAUAGGAGCAGUAUUUUUUUUUUAACUCGGGUGUAUAUAGAUUUUUCAAGUGAAGGGCAAAAGUUGCCCAGUAUACGGUAAUAAACCACCCCAUAAUGGAAUUAUUCCACCAGCAAUUUUGUCAUUGUAUUUUACACGCAGCUCACUCUCAUAAAAUCACUUAAUUGUAAGAUGACAUUGCUUACAGCUGCAGUAAACAACUUGAGCAGAAUGAGCUCAAUCCCGCAGACUUUAAAUAUGACCUCAUGUUAGUUGUUAUCAACUAUUGUCAGGAUAUAGCGUUUAUCAAAUUCACCACCAGGUAGUUGCAAUCUUAAACCAAUGAUCUGGGCUGUGGCGAGAUCAUGAUCAGUAGUAACCCAGUAUGAAACAUGUGCAAUGACCGUUUGUUUUAGCAGUGCAAUAAUUUCCUCCCAAAUUAUGACCCAAAUACAACAAUUCGCAAUUCUGCCAUGGAAUUCUGUAAGCUCUACAACACUGCUUACAAAAUCGUAUUCAAGGUUAUUCUGACUUCAAUGAUGCCACAUUUUUCAUGGUUAUUUAUAUAAUUAUAUUUUAAUAAAAUCAAAAUCUUGUGCAUAGAAUUAUAGAUGUAUAAUGUCCAAAAAAAAAUGUAUUGUUUCAAAGGGCUUAUUAUAAUGCCGCCAUUUGUUCAGAGAAAAUUGGCGAUAAAUUGAGGGGAAUGUACAUAAAAGGGAUUUUUUAAGAAAACAAGAAUAAGGGACAUUGAAAUAUGUUGGCAAUAAACGAGGUGGCAAAUGAAACGGGAGGGGAGGGGGGAGGGCAUUAUAUCAAGGUUUUACUAUAUCUACUUGUAUAUUCACCUUUAAUUUAAGAGGUAGGUUAGUUUUGUCUGUAGGGGCAGAUGAGAUUGUUUAUAUUUUCAGUGCCAUACUAGUAAAUAGAUGCUAUACUCUGUAGCCUGGAUCUUUCACCUUCUCAAACGUUCGCCCCACUGGUAAAAUCCAUGAUUGUUAAUUCUACCCUUCGUAUUUGAUUAUUGUGUUUAUAAAGUUAAACUUGUUCACUGAGGUUCACUGUAAUAAUAGAUUUGCCCUCAUUGGGAAAGGCCAAAAGAAAAAAAAUUAGGUGAAAUUUCCUUGGUAUACAAUGUAUAAGCACAGAUCUAAAAUGCAUGUGUUUGUUAUCGUAAAUUAUAAUACACUAUGACGUGGUUCUAACAUUAUCCUUGUUUGGUUAUACCCUUGUGAGUGGGGACCAAAGCACCCAUUAACUCAAUCACCCCUUGAUUUUAACAAAAGACUGCCUACGUCAUAGUCUUGGAAGAGUCUAAAUGUGACCAUAGGGGUCAAUGAAUUAAUCUACCAUAGAAGUUGACACCACCUUUUGGAAAAUGUGUAGAUGUAUGUAAAAAUAUGUUAAUUCAGGAGGUAAUCGGCCAGAUGAGAUAGUAUUAACUCAUUCACCCCUGAAAUGUCAUGAUGAACUAUUCCAACCUUUGAAUUGGAAGAGUUUAAUUGUGUCUACAGGGGUGAAUAAGUCGAAGAAUAGACUUGCACAGCAUCGAUUGUAAUGUAUGAGGUUGUAACCUACUAGGCAAGUGAUGUUGAAAUGGGGGAAGAUCAUCUGGGAUCCAGGUUAGAGAAAUCUUGUUGUUCAAUUAAUCUUGUUUUGUUGUUAUUUGGAAAAUAGAUACAUAAUACUAUAUCUGUUAAGUUGAAAUAGUUGUCUGUUGUAUUUAUUGCUAAAAUGUCAUAAUUAUUGAAAAUAAAACUUAAACCUUG